CCUGCUAUGGUCACUGCAGUAGCUUCAAUUCUCAAGUCUUUAGGUGAGGAUCCAACUAGGAAGGAAUUACAAGGGACUCCUGCUAGAUAUACCAAGUGGCUGAUGAACUUCCAGUGUAAUACCAUUGAGAAGGCGCUGAAGGGUUCGCUUGGGAGUUGGACAAACGGUGGUUUGAACACUAAUGGGGUGCUAGGUUUUGAUGGAAAGAUACACUCAGAGCUGAACUUGCCUUUCUUGUCUCAGUGUGAGCAUCAUUUGCUUCCAUUUCAUGGUGUUGUUCACAUAGGAUACUACAUUUCCAAAGGGUUUCAUCCCAUUGAGAAAAGGCUCUUGCAGUCAAUAGUGCACUUUUAUGGUAUUAAGCUGCAGGUUCAAGAAAGGGUGACCAAGCAGAUCGCAGAAACGGUUUCUACACUGAUAGGUGAAAAUGUGAUAGUAGUGGUGGAAGCAAGUCACACCUGUAUGAUUUCUCGGGGAAUUGAAAAGUUCGGUAGUAAUACUGCUACCAUUGCUGCAUUGGGAUGCUUUUCAACUGACCUUGCUGCAAGGGCUGUGUUUCUCAACAGUAUUCCGAAGGCCAUAUAUCUUUCAGAAUAUUGAUGAUUUUCAAAGGGUUAUG